CGCUCUCUGACUUGACGCUUCUCGGCUCGACCGGAAACAAAACAAGGAAUUCGGAUUUGAACGAUCUUACGUGUCAUUCCCAGAGUCUGAGUGAUUCAGAAAUAUCCUGGAGAUUUUUGGUGGACAAAAUCCUCGUGAGCUGGUCGCUGUCUUGCCAUUGAUGAGCUGUGGUCACCCUGGUAACUGUUGCUAACGGCAGAAGCAUGAAGGCUUUGAUCCUUGUCGGGGGUUACGGGACCCGGUUGAGACCGCUGACCCUGAGCGUCCCCAAACCACUGGUGGACUUCUGCAACAAGCCCAUCCUGCUGCACCAGGUGGAGGCACUGGUGAAGGCCGGGGUGAACCAUGUGAUUCUGGCGGUGAGCUACAUGUCGGAGCUGCUGGAGAGAGAGAUGAGAGUCCAGGAGGAGAGACUUGGGAUUCGUAUCUCUCUGUCUCAUGAGAAGGAGCCUCUGGGAACAGCGGGCCCUUUGGCGCUGGCUCGAGAGCUGCUGAACGUUGACAACGAGCCGUUCUUCGUCCUCAACUCAGAUGUCAUCUGUGAUUUUCCCUUCAAAGACCUGCUGCAGUUCCACCACAACCACGGCAAGGAGGGAACCAUUGUGGUAACUCGGGUGGAGGAGCCCUCUAAGUACGGUGUAGUGGUGUUUGACGCGGACAGCGGCAGGAUACAUCGCUUCGUUGAGAAACCGCAGGUCUUUGUCUCCAACAAGAUCAACGCCGGCAUGUACAUCUUCAAUCCCAGCAUGCUCAGCAGAAUCCAGCUGAGACCGACAUCCAUAGAGAAAGAGAUAUUUCCUGUCAUGGCAGAGGAGGGACAGCUGUACACCAUGGAGCUACAGGGUUUCUGGAUGGACAUCGGUCAGCCCAAAGACUUCCUGACAGGCAUGUGUAUGUACCUUCAGUCACUACGACAACACGCUCCCGAGAGGCUACGCACGGGGCCUGGUUUCCUAGGCAACGUUCUGGUGGACCCGACGGCACAGAUUGGGGAGAACUGCACCAUCGGCCCCAAUGUCACCAUCGGUGCUGGCGUGAUCGUGGAGGAUGGUGUGAGGAUAAAACGCUGCACGGUGCUGAAGGGAGCGCGGGUUCGAUCGCACUCCUGGCUGGAGAGCUGCAUCGUGGGGUGGAGCUCCUCUGUCGGCCAGUGGGUUCGUAUGGAGAACGUGACAGUGUUGGGGGAGGAUGUGAUCGUGAAUGACGAGCUUUACCUGAACGGUGCCAACGUCCUGCCUCACAAAUCCAUCAACGAGUCGGUCCCAGAGCCACGAAUCAUCAUGUAGCAUCGGGUGGAGGAAAAAAGCCUGGCGCCUUUUUAUAUGAACUUGACUAAACACCCAAACUGUGCCAGAGAGAGAGAGGAGCAGAUGGGUGGAGGAAAGGAGGAGGAAAAGAGGAGGAAAGAGAAGGUGUUUUUCUUUUAUCUUAUUAAUUUGGACUCGUUUUUAGCCCUGCUUGGCUGAACUGUCCAUCAUUCAAAAUGAUGGCGUAAGCAUGAGCUGUCAAAAGGCUGCCCGACCUGUCAGGAUGAUUUAUACAUCUGUCAGAGCUGCAGGUAAAACAUCAAAGGCUAAUGUCCUGAAUGUGUCAGGUGGUAAAUGUCUCGUAUAAACACUGCGUUAAUAGAGAAAGGGUUAGAGGGAGGGAAGUUUUCUGUCAGAUGGUGAAGGGACUAAUGUGGAGUGUAUUCAGGUGGGUGGGGCGGAUUACAGAGCGAUACGAACACCACUGUUUAGAUUCACUAUGCAUUUACAUUUCCUGGACAGCUGCAGAGCAUUGUGAACAGGCACUGAAGGAUCAUUCUAAAUGUUUUUCUGCUGGAGCAGAGUCUGAAAUCAUAACUGAUGAUGCUGGGAUUUCUGAUCUGACAGAUUUAACUAAAUGCAGUAUGUGGUUAUGGUUAGUUAAUGAUUAUAGUUAAAGCUGCAUCAAUUAAUUAACUCAUGGCCUCUUGUGGGCAGCAGAGCAAAUUGUAACAUAGCAUCUAACACAUUGUUUUAAGUUGUUACGGCGAAUGUUUUAACAAAGACUUGGUUAUUUACACAUCCAGCAGACACAGAGGAUCAUGAUCAUCUAUGUGGAGUCAUGUUUGUGUCCACCUGAUGAAUGUAAUUUGAUCAUUUUUUAUAUGAAGAUAUUGAUUAGUGCAGCUUUAAUCAGUUGUAGAGUAGCUAUCGAGUACGUAUCCAAUUGCCUUGGUGAACUGCUCUUUCUUUUUAUCAUGAAAAACUGUGCGCUUCAGUACCAAACCGGUUACUGCUCUGUAAAAAGUGAACAAAAUGUAGUUUUUUAUUAUUAAAAAACUGCAGUGUAUCAAAUAUAUUUAUAAAUAUCUGAGUCAGGCUGCAUCUGGGACAUUCUGCUUUGAAAUAAUAUAUUUUUCAGUCAUGUGUAA